AUGGACGAUUGGGCUUCCAUACAGUCUCUAUCAAGUACUCCCAUCAAGAAUAACGUCGUGAAUAUUUUCGAACAAUUUAAAAAGAAUUUGAUUAUCGGUGAACAAUCCGGUCGGAAAAUACCGUUCAAGUCACUUUUUGCCACGAUAUUGAUACACCUGGGCCGACUUUUGUUUCACGUUGUCGUCACGAUAUCGGGAUUUUUUCCCACUCUCGUCAUACUCUCCCACAUCGGGGGAUUCAUAUUGGAAAGAUGGUUGGAAAUCCUUUACACUCCCGGGAUAUACGUUCGUUUUAAAAAAAUAACCGUGACCGCGUUGCAGGAUAUGGUUUGCGCGUUGGAGGAAAAGAAAAUAACUUGCGUGAUUCAAUAUAAAGACAAUUUCGGACCGGUCGAAGUCACGAUUGAUUUUCCACGUUCUUCAACGGUUGCAGACCUAUACGAAGAAGUUGGGAAAAGGAUUCGGUGCCAUCACGAAUUUUUCAAUCUUGUCCUCCAACAGGGAAAUGGAAACGAGAAUGCGGUGCAUUUAAGUCAUUGCAAAAGCGAAACGAUUGAAAAUGUCGGAUUCAAAAUUGGGCCCGACGAAAAAAACAUUGUCCUCUUACACACGAUACCGGAUCCGGACGUGUCAAAAACAUACGAUCUUCGUAUGAGGAGCAUAACGAGCUCCCCGCCGACAGCCUCCGGCGACCAUGAAACUCCAGCCGUGCCUCCGCCUCCGCCACCCCCACUGUCCUCGAACGUCAGCGAUGACUGCAGCAGUUGCUCAAACGCGAGAGUUCGCCACGAAAUCGGUUACGUAGGUUUAGUCAAUCAAGCAAUGACGUGUUACCUAAACAGUCUCCUUCAAGCCUUGUACAUGACUCCGGAAUUUCGUAACGCUUUGUACAAUUGGGAAUUUGACGGAUCGCCGAACGAAGAAGUCAAAUCCAUACCGUAUCAACUUCAAAAGCUUUUUUUAAAUUUGCAAACGUCGCGAAAGUCGGCGGUCGAAACAACGGAACUCACGAGGAGUUUCGGUUGGGAUUCGUGGGAAGCGUGGCAACAGCACGACAUACAAGAACUCUGCCGCGUCAUGUUCGACACUCUCGAGCAAAAAUUCAAAAACACGAAACAAGCGGAUCUAAUUAAUCGUUUAUACGAGGGGAAAAUGGUCGAUUACGUCAAGUGUUUGGAAUGUUCGACGGAAAAAUCUCGGGAGGAUACUUUCUUGGACAUACCGCUUCCGGUUCGACCGUUUGGAAGUAACGUCGCGUAUGGAAGCGUGGAGGAAGCUCUGAGAGCUUUCGUUCAACCGGAAACUUUGGAGGGUAACAAUCAAUAUCAUUGCGAUACGUGUAAUAAAAAAUGCGAUGCCCACAAAGGCCUUAAAUUUUCAAAGUUCCCAUAUUUACUCACUCUCCACCUCAAACGAUUCGAUUUCGAUUUCAACACUCUACACAGAAUCAAAUUAAACGACAAGGUGUCCUUUCCCGAAAAGCUCAAUUUGAACAGUUUUAUAUGUCACAAGAAGGGUUCGGAAAAGAGUAGCGAGUCAUCACCCGAAGACGCCGAUGACGAUGAAGGUAUCGACAUGGGACAACAACACGAAAAUGAAAAAAAUCGAUGCAACGCAAUCCCCGAAACGACGGGACCCUACGUUUACGAAUUGUUUUCGAUAAUGAUACACUCGGGUAGCGCGGCCGGAGGACAUUAUUACGUGUACAUAAAAGAUUUCAAAGAUGGCGAAUGGUAUUGUUUCAACGAUCAAAACGUCGCGAGGAUAACAUACGACGACAUAAGAAAAACCUACGGCGGAGGUCCCAUAAAAGGCUAUUAUUCCGGAGCUUACAGUUCGAGCACGAAUGCUUACAUGUUAAUGUACCGGCAAAUAGAUAGAGAAAGAAAUGCUUUCGCCAUGACCGUCGACGAAUUUCCCGAACACAUAAAAGCACUGCAUGCAAAAUUGGAAGAGCAAAAAGAACUCGAUUCAAUAGUCAAAGAUGUAAAUACGUACAAUUGCAAAUUGAGAAUAUACUGUAAUUGUCCGAAUCAGAAUUACUUAUCCGAAUCGAGGAUACACAUAUAUAACGAAUCCACGCUCAAAGAUGCUCUGCAAAUGAGUUAUAAAAGAUUUAAUUUAGAAAAAUUAGUACCCAUCGAAAGAUGUCGGUUAGUUAGUUACGAUAAAGUUAGAGACAGCAUAAUAUGUUCGUUCGAAGGAAAAGAAUACGAGCAAGUGUCCGAUAUAUGUAAUCAUUACGGUAACGAAUUCUUAUUGGAAAUACGAGAGGAGGGAGAAGACUUUAUCAUGUACAAAUCAGGAGAUAUAAAUACGAUAGUAAUAUUAGUGAACGUUGAAACGGAAGACGUCAACAGUCCCGUGGUAGUUCGAACGAAUUUUUCCACCACCGUUAAAGAAUACAAGGAAAUGGUUGCGAAACAAUUAAAGUUACCAAGCGACGCGAUAGUUUUCGCACUAGAAAAAUUUUACCGUCGAAGACUUUUGCAAAACGACGACUCGGCGUUAAAACACGAAGAUUUUUACGACAGCAUAAAAGUUUACGUUGCUCCCGUUUGUUCGUCGACGUCGACCACGACGACGACGACGACGACGAGUCCCGGCGAAGGUUUCGAAUUACAAAAACAUUUAACACUCAACAAAUUACAAAAAAUCGUCGAUAAAUACGAACAUGUGAUAACGUUGUACAUAACUCUCCCUGACGUCGAUAGUGAAACAUUAGAAAGAUUAGGUAUACCUCCGUUGGAUCAGUCGAAACCACAUUCGACGAACGUGCCGAGCAAAACGGCGUGCGACGAAUUGAUAUUAAAUUGCCAAAGCAGUAGCAGAGGUCCCUCGCCGAGCAGUCAUAGAGAUCCUUCGCCUCAACCCCUACCCGAUCCGGAAGACGAAACCGCGGGACAAUGCGUCGGACCCCAUUCGGAUCAAAGUGCCAGCGAGGAUAGCAGUUUGACGGAUAGCGAAAGAACAAUCGUGGGAGAAGCACCUGGUGAUUGUCUUGCUCAGUUAUCUCCAAAUAGUUCUCCGGCAGAUUCCGAUCACGUUCUGUCAUUCGAAGGUGAAACUACUAGUACUACUACCACUACUAAUGACUGUUCGUUGAAGAGAACGGAUCAUUACCGUAGUAAAUUAAUCACUGGAUUACAUCCAAGUGACGACUGCGAAAAUUGGGAUGGAGAUGAUGAAUCUUGUCAUAAAAAUUUUAAUUAUUUUUUCAAGGCUGUUCCUUAUACCGAUAAGUUAAAUCAAAAAUGUUUAAAAGUUUUUGUCGACAAGAGAAUGUUACAGAAAACUUUCAAACAGUGCCUAGAAUCAUUUGUCGGCGUGUCGGUUGAAAAUUUCAAAAUAUCCAGAGCUUGUAGUAAAAAUUUGGAUUUAGAUUAUUCAUCAAUUUCCGAUACUUUGGACAUAUAUAAAGACAACGAAAAAUUAUUCAUCAAAUUGGGGAGAGCUCUCAAAAAGGGAGAAUAUUUAGUUAACAUUUUUCUAUUGUCUCCGAAUUGCGACGAGCCUUUCAAACAUUUAUUCGAAUGGAUAAUAGCCAUCAAUUCGUCCGUGUCGCAAGUCAAAAAAGAAAUCCUAGACGAAAUGAAAAGGAAAUGUGCCAUCGAAAUACCAUACAACAGGUGCAGGUUGAGGAAAAAAGUUUGGAGAACUCCGACGAGGCCUUACCUGGACGGGAGAACGUUCGACGAUUUGACAAACAGUUGGGAAUUGUUCGUUCAAGAAUUGCCCGGAGACGAUCCCGUCACUAGUCCAGAGCAAAAAUUACUCACUGUCCGACAAUUUAAUCCGUGCGCGAGAGAACCCAAACCCUACGAGGAAUUAGUAUUGAACAACGAUAGCUUUGCAGAAUUUAAAGAAAAGUUAUCGGAAAUGAGCGGGAUUCCGGCGGAAUUCAUAGAAACGGGUAAAGCUCCGGGUUCUUUUCCAUCCGUCGACUAUUGGAUAUUGACUCCACACACGGAAAUCGAAUGGUGCACGGCGGGUAGUAAAACGUCUUCGGACGACUCCGUUCUUAGUUUGUACGACGAAAGUCACUUGAUAUUUUACAGGGACAGCAGAGAAAAGGGGAAUUUGUUUUUAAUGAAAGAUAAAAAGUUACUCAAAGACAGGAGAAACAGAUUUUAUUCGCCGGUCAAAGAAAGACCUUUAAAAAUUUAUUUGGAUUCGCCGCCGAAAAAAGACGAAUCGGAUGUUGAUUGA